AUGUCUAAUAGCAUAUGUGAUAAGGAAGGCCUCCUAGUGGGUAUUGGAAAUCCAUUGCUCGAUAUAUCAGCUCUUGUUGAUGAGUCUUUACUUAAAAAAUAUGAUCUUCAAGCUGAUGGUGCUAUUAUGGCUGAGGAAAAACACAUGCCUUUGUAUAAGGAACUUAUGGAUAAAUAUAAUGCUGAAUUCAUAGCUGGUGGAAGUGUACAAAACUCUUUGAGAGUAGCACAAUGGAUUCUAAAGAAACCAAAUGUAUGCACAUAUUUUGGUUGCGUCGGAAAUGAUGACUACGCUAAAAUAUUAAAAGAGCGAGCCGAAGCAGAGGGGGUAAAAGUCCAAUACCAGGUCACGGAUGAAGCACCUACUGGCACAUGUGCUGUUUUGGUGACAGGCACCCAUAGAUCGCUUUGCGCUAACCUGGCUGCAGCGCAGAAGUUCACACCAGAUCAUCUGGCUAAGGAGGAGUGUAGAAGGAGCAUAGAAAGCGCCAAAUUUUUCUACGCCUCGGGUUUCUUCGUAGCAGUAUCACCGGAGUCCAUAAUGCAGCUGGCAAAACAUGCGCACGAGAACUCGCACACGUUCGUCAUGAACCUAAGCGCACCCUUCGUUUCACAGUUCUUCAAGGAACCCCUAGCAGAAAUCAUGCCCUAUGUUGACGUCCUCUUCGGCAAUGAAUCGGAAGCAGAAGCGUUUGCGCAUGCCUUCGACAUAACGGACACUGAUUUGAAGCAAAUAGCUCUUAAGACAGCUGCACUGCCAAAACAUAACUCAAGACAACGAGUUGUCGUGAUCACACAAGGAAAAGACCCGGUCAUAUUGGUAGAAGGCACUAAAUUGUCAUUAAUACCAGUCAUAUACCUGUCGAGGGAACAGAUUGUGGACACCAAUGGAGCGGGUGAUGCAUUCACAGGUGGGUUUCUCAGCCAGUUGGUGCUCGGGAAGUCUUAUGAGACCUGUGUCAAGUGCGGAAUCUAUAGUGCUACACACAUUAUACAGCAUUCUGGGUGCACAGUCAGCGGUGAAAGUGAUUUUCAAGAAUAA